UCCUCCCGGCCCGGCCGCGCUGCCCCCGCCCAUAAGGCGGCCGGGGCCGCCUUCCCGACAGCGGCAGAAGAUGGCGGCGGCCGCGGGCUGGGCGCUGCUGGCCCUGGCGCUGUGUGUGAGCGCGGCGGCCGCGGCCGAAGGGCCCGAGGGGAAGCGGCGGGCGGGCCCGCCCAAGAAGAAGGACAUUCGGGACUACAACGACGCGGACAUGGCCCGGCUGCUGGAGCAGUGGGAGAAAGAUGAUGACAUCGAAGAGGGAGAUCUCCCCGAACACAAGAGGCCUCCAGCACCAAUAGAUUUCUCAAAAAUUGAUCCAGGCAAGCCUGAAAGCAUCCUGAAGCUGACAAAAAAGGGGAAGACUUUGAUGAUGUUUGUCACGGUGUCGGGAAAUCCCACAGAAAAGGAGACAGAAGAAAUUACCAGCUUGUGGCAGGGAGGCCUCUUCAAUGCCAACUACGACGUGCAAAGGUUUAUUGUUGGCUCCAAUCGGGCCAUCUUUAUGCUCCGUGAUGGUGGCUAUGCCUGGGAGAUCAAAGACUUCCUGAUAAAUCAAGAAAGGUGUGCGGAUGUCACUCUGGAAGGUCAAGUUUAUCCUGGCAAAGGAGCAGAUGAAAAUGAGAAAGGGAAAAACAAAACGAAACCUGAAAAAGCAAAGAAGAAAAAAGAUGCAGAGAAGAAAUCUAAUGGCAUUAAAGAGGACAACCGAGCGACCAAACAGAGAGAGGAGCUAUGACGGACGCGUUACCCAGACUGAACCCUGCUCUGCUGCUCCUUGAAGGGAAUCUCCUUAUGAGUCCUGGGUUUUUGGGGGUGGAGGGGAGGAAGCAGAGACUACUGAGGUUUAAAUUUUUGUGUUGAAAUUCACCAGUUUACU